AUGGUUUCAGAAAAGAAGAAGCAGUCUGUACUGACUUCCUCUGCACCAUUGAAGCAAAAAGAGGUGGCGGAAGUAGUUCCUACUGGUCCAAAGAUCUUGGGAGUGAAAUUAGACACGAUCAGAUUGCUUUUGCAAGUUAUCAUUUUCAUCUCAAUUGCCGGAGCAUCAAUCUCUUCCAGAUUAUUCUCUGUGAUUCGUUUUGAAUCAAUUAUCCACGAAUUCGAUCCUUGGUUUAAUUUCAGAGCAACCAAGUAUCUUGUCACACACUCUUACUACGACUUCUUGAAUUGGUUUGACGACAGAACAUGGUAUCCAUUGGGAAGAGUCACCGGUGGUACAUUGUACCCAGGGUUGAUGGUUACGUCAGGUGUUAUCUGGCACACCUUGCGUGAGUGGCUUGCGCUCCCAAUUGACAUAAGAAACAUCUGUGUGUUGUUGGCUCCAGCCUUUUCUGGCUUGACUGCUAUCUUCACUUACUUCUUCACCAAGGAAAUUAAAGAUCUGAACGCUGGUUUGUUGGCCGCUAUAUUCAUGGGUAUCGCUCCAGGUUACAUCUCAAGAUCAGUUGCUGGCUCUUAUGAUAACGAAGCCAUUGCGAUCACUUUGCUUAUGGCAACCUUUUACUUCUGGAUUAAGGCCAUGAAGUUGGGUUCCGUGUUCUAUGGUACAUUGACUGCAUUGUUCUACUUCUACAUGGUUAGUGCAUGGGGUGGAUAUGUGUUUAUCACCAACUUGAUUCCAUUGCACAUCUUUGUGUUGAUCUUGAUGGGCCGUUAUUCCCACAAGUUGUACACCGCAUACACUACAUGGUAUGCCUUGGGAACUUUAGCUUCCAUGCAAAUCCCAUUCGUUGGAUUCUUACCAAUCAGAUCGAACGAUCAUAUGGCAGCAUUGGGUGUCUUUGGUUUGCUCCAAUUGGUAGCAGUCGGGGAUUACGUCAAAUCUCAAAUCCCUUCAAAGCAAUUUAAAUCAUUCUUGGUUAUUUCAUUGGUUUUGACUAUCACUUUGGGAAUCAUUGGGUUGGUCGGUUUAACCACUUUGGGCUGGAUUGCUCCAUGGACUGGUAGAUUUUACUCACUUUGGGACACAAACUAUGCUAAGAUCCACAUACCGAUUAUUGCAUCUGUCUCAGAACAUCAACCUACAGCAUGGCCAGCAUUCUUCUUCGACACCAACAUGUUGAUUUGGUUAUUCCCUGCAGGUGUUUACUUGUGCUUCCAAGACUUGCAAAACGAGCACGUUUUUGUUAUCAUUUACGCUGUCUUAUGUUCAUACUUCGCAGGUGUUAUGGUCAGAUUAAUGUUGACUUUGACUCCAAUCAUCUGUGCUUCGGGUGCCAUUGCCUUGAGUAAGUUAUUUGACGUGUACUUGGACAUUAGCGAAUUGAUCAACGCAAAUCCAGAAGAAGAAACUACCGACAAGAAGAAGAGCACAGGAAACAGAAAGGCAAACAUUUUCUUUAUUCUCCUCUCUAAGCUUAUCGUCUUACUUACGUUUGCCUUUUACCUCUUCUACUUUGUUUUCCACUGUACUUGGGUUACUUCCAACGCAUACUCCUCACCAUCUGUUGUUUUGGCGCUGAAGAAUCCAGAUGGUUCUCAACACAUUAUCGAUGACUUCAGAGAAGCCUACUAUUGGCUCAGAAUGAACACCCCAGAAGACGCAAAGGUUAUGGCAUGGUGGGAUUAUGGGUAUCAAAUUGGUGGUAUGGCGGAUCGUACCACAUUGGUUGAUAACAACACCUGGAACAAUACUCACAUUGCCACCGUUGGUAAGGCUAUGUGUUCUUCAGAAGAAGUUUCAUAUGAAAUUUUGAAGAAACACGACGUUGAUUACGUUUUAGUCAUCUUUGGAGGCUUAUUGGGAUAUUCUGGUGAUGAUAUCAAUAAAUUCUUAUGGAUGGUCAGAAUUUCUGAGGGAAUUUGGCCAGAUGAAGUUCACGAGCGUGACUUCUUUAGCGAGAGAGGUGAAUACAAGGUAGACUCUGAAGCAUCACAAACCAUGAAGGACUCUUUGAUGUACAAGAUGAGUUACUAUAGAUUCAAUGAAUUGUACAAUGGUAGAGAUGCCAGUGACAGAGUGAGAGGUCAAACCAUUCCUGCCAGUCAAGCACCAGAAUUAAACGUAGUUGAAGAAGCAUUCACAUCUCAGAACUGGAUCGUCAGACUUUACAAGGUUAAAGAUUUGGAUAAUGUUGGUAGAAACUUACACAGUGCUACCCAAUUUUCUAAGACAGAGCAGUCAAAGAGGAAGAGAAUUGCAAAGAAACCAGUAAUUGAUUUACGUGAGUAA